AUGAUGAGCUGAGAGGGCUUUUCCAACCUCAGUGGUUCCAUGAUUCUGUGGAUCUCUACUUGAUGCUCACCCAAGAAAUGAUGCUACCCAACACCCAUGACCUCUUUGCCAAGAGGAUGGGAGGUGGUGGAAGGUACCCGAGAUGCCACAGCCUCCACUGGGGAGGAGCAGUUUGGGUCAGGAGGUCAUUCAUAAGCUCUGCACUGGCCCAUAUUGCAGCUGGACGGGUGGGUGGUGGAGCCAGAUUGGCGCUGGGAGGUCCAGCUUUGCUCCGCACCUUUGGAUGGAGCCAUGCUGUGACCUUCAUGCCACCGCCUGGAUGGGUGAUGGAUCCUCCUCUGUUCCCUGCUUGCAGCAUGUGAAAGUCUGAGCCCUCUCCCACCUUCGCCGGGACACCAUGGACACGGAAGCCGUGCAGCCCCAGGAGGCGUCGCUGACGGUCAACGAGCAGGUUAUUGUCAUGUCCAGCCAUGAAACCAUCCGAGUGUUGGAGGUGGAUGUGGACACCCCGCUCCCAGCGGAGGAGGACUCGAAAGCCCUGGAGAUGCCACCAGGGGAAGUAACACGAGGCUCCCAGGGAGAGAGUGGCCGGGAGGACAUCCCAGCCAGCACCCACGGCUCCAGUGGCACGGAGGCGGCCGGCAAAGCCAAACCGGCAGCUGGAGCGUCGCCCAACACCGUCCCCUCCGUCGGCACCUUCAGCCCCGGCACGAGCCAGCAGCCGCAGCCCCUGGCCCCGCUGGCCGUACAAGCCACCCCGCAGGUCUUGACUCAGGAAAACUUAGCAACAGUUGUGACAGGAGUAAUGGUUCCAGCAGGGACAGUUACUCAACCUCUUCUUAUCCCCAUCAGUAUUGCAGGUCAAGUGGCAGGUCAGCAGGGGUUGGCUGUGUGGACAUUUCCUACAGCAACGGUCGCUGCCCUUCCCGGAUUGACGGCGGCUUCUCCUACAGGGGGAAUUUUCAAACCACCUAUAGCCAAUCUCCAAGCUGCCGCCGUGCUGAACACAGCCAUCGCCGCGCCGGUGCCGCCUGCUCAGCCGUUACCGGCCGCGGUCCAACCCCGGCCGCCCCUCCAGCCCUCCGGUGUCUUCUCCGCCGCACCCGGCCAGCCGCCCAUCCUGCCACAGCCUGCAGCGCCCACGCCGCCGGUGGCCAAACCCUUGGAGACGCAGACCCAGAUCACCGUCCAGCCGGCCGGAUUUGCCUUUAACCCUGGCAUACUCAGCGCAGCUUCCCUCGGCGGCCAAACGCAGCUCCUCGGCUCCUUGGCAGCCGCCCCGGUGAUCGCCAACACUAUCUCCAGCGUGCAGGGCAUCCCGGGCCAGAUCCUGACCAACGCCCAGGGCCAGGUGAUCGGAACGCUGCCGUGGGUGGUGAAUCCCAGCCCUGCUCCGGCCGCUCUUCCAGCCCAGAACCUGCAGGUGCAGACGGUGACGCCGCAGCUGCUGCUCAAUGCCCAGGGCCAGGUCAUCGCCACGCUGGCCGGCAGCGCCAUCCCGGCGGCCACCAUCAAGAAAACCGGCACCCCCGAACCCCCCGCCAAGAACGAGGUGCAGCCCAUCCAGCCGGCUCCGGCGCUCGCCCCGCCGGCCGUGGUGAUGGCAAAUCCGGCUCCGGCGGCAAAGGCUUCCGCUGCUCCGGUCCCCAUCACCUGCUCGGAGACCCCCACAGUCAGCCAGCUGGUCUGCAAGCCCUCGGCUCCCAACAGCAGCGCGGAAGAGGAUGGGAUCAACCUGGAGGAGAUCCGGGAAUUCGCCAAGAACUUUAAGAUCCGUCGCUUGUCCCUGGGGCUGACGCAGACGCAGGUGGGACAGGCUCUGACGGCCACCGAGGGUCCAGCCUACAGCCAGUCGGCCAUCUGCCGGUUCGAGAAGCUCGACAUCACCCCCAAGAGCGCUCAGAAGCUGAAGCCCGUCCUGGAGAAGUGGUUGAGCGAAGCGGAGCUGCGGAACCAAGAGGGUCAACAGAACCUGAUGGAAUUCGUCGGCGGAGAACCUUCCAAGAAACGCAAACGCCGCACGUCCUUCACCCCUCAGGCCAUCGAAGCCCUCAACGCCUACUUCGAGAAGAACGCCUUGCCCACGGGCCAGGAGAUCACCGAGAUCGCCAAGGAGCUCAACUACGACCGCGAAGUCGUGCGCGUGUGGUUCUGCAACCGCCGGCAGACGCUCAAGAACACCAGCAAACUCAACGUCUUUCAGAUCCCCUGAGCCGGGGGAGAGGGGGUCCCCUCGCUGUCCCCAACCGUCCGCCAUCAGCACUUUCGUCAACGACUUUGGACCCCCGACCCCCGACGUUGGGUGUCAGAGGGGGUCCCCUUCUCCGUAGAUGUGUCCGUGUGUCCGUCUGUCUCCCUUCGUCCCCAUCACACAUGACCCAAGCGUGCGCCGCGCCCGGGCGUGGGGACGGACCUCCUGCCCGCACCGCGUCCCCCCGUGUCGUCGUCCCCCUGAACCCCCAAAAGGAGUGCUUUUCAUUUUUUGGCCGUUUUCCCGUGUUUCCGAGGUAGCGUCACGGCUCGAUGGGGGUGAAGCCCCAUUGAAUUUUCCUCCCCCUCUUUUAUUUCGCUUCAUGCCCUCGGGGGGCUCCUCGGUGUCACCGUGGGGGCGUCAUCGGGGUCCCCAUCACCCCGAGAUUGGUUGAGGGGGAGUCUCUUCCCCCCUCACCUCCUCACCCAUGCUGAGACGGGGGCCAGGAGGGUUGGGGGGCUCCAUCCAUCACCCCCUUCUCCUCCAGGGAGCAAUGGCGAUGGGGGAUAUUGGGGGGCUCCAUCCAUCACCCCCUUCUCCUCCAGGGAGCGAUGGUGAUGGGGGAUAUUGGGGGGCUCCAUCCC